AUGGGUCGAGGUCCUACUAUCCAAGGCAGAAAAAAUGCUGUGGACGUGAAACGAACGGCCACUAACGCCACUUUAGCGCGGGAGAUUAUGGUCGUUUCGAAGUCGGUGCGAGGAGACGUGAACAAUCGGAGGCUUGUGGCAGUUAUAAACAAAGCCAAAGCGGCCAAUAUGCCCAAAGACAAGAUUGAAGCUGCAAUCAAACGAGGUGUCGAAGGCAAAGACGGAAGCAACGCUGAAUCUGUAUUAUACGAAGCUUCAGGUCCAGCUGGAAGUGCCCUAAUGAUUGAGACACUGACAGAUAACAAGCGUAGAACAGCACCUGCACUACGUCAUAUUUUGGGCAAAUACAAUGGUGCUCUAGGUACAAGUGGCUCAGUGGCUUGGAUGUUCGAGCGGAAGGGGUACCUUGAGAUUGAAUUGCCGUCAGAUGAUGGGGACAGAUCGGCGGUCGAAGAGGACUUGCUCAUUGAAAUUGCGCUGAAUGCAGGGGCAGACAAUGUUGAGACGCGUGAGGGCUUGGCGCAGAUCAUGUGUGAUCCUAAUGACUUAGCUGUCGUGCGCAAAUGCUUCACGGAGGCCGGAUUGGAACCCGCUGUUUCCGAGCUCGUCUAUAACCCCAAGGAAUUUUUGGACUUGGAGGGUGAGCAGCUGGAGACCUUUGACAAACUCAUUGACGCUCUUAAUGAAGACGAGGAUGUUAAUCAAAUCCACCACAACGUCAACGAGUAA